GAAAUCACUUGCUUCAUCCGAAUGCUAUACUAUGGUUUGACCAGACCGGGUUAUGUGUUGUGAAGCUAGCCACAUAAAGGAAUAGCCACAAUAGUGGAAUUUGCAGUUUGCCUUUAAAAUAAAAGUCCCUCUUUGAAAGUGAUGCAGAAGGUUAAAAUUGUUGAAAUCAUGCCAUGUUUAAACUUGAUAUUGUUAAACAUGGUUGGAAUGUGGAGCAAUAAAAUGGGGUAUCAGUCUACUCGGUGACACCAAGAGAACACAACUGUGCAUAGUUUAAGGAAAUAUUAGCGUCGUAGCUCUUAUUUGCGGGACUUUGACUGUGGGAAAUCACCUCCCCAGUCAGCCUAUUGUGCUUAUUGACAUUCAUAUUGCACUGUACAGCCUUACCUAAUGAUUGGGGAUCAAUGAAAUGGGGUAUCGGCCUUCUCAGUACCUAAGUGCUUUUUUUCCCCCAAAGUCCUCCUCCAGAGUUAUCAGGCUCCAAAACAUCCACGUUGAAUUGUUUUUCCUCUGGAAUAGUGUUCAAUACACAUGGUAGGUUGACUGGUACAAUAAAUGUGGCUCAAUUCACAGUGGUUUCAGAGUCCUGCAAUAAGAGCUAUGACGCUAAGGUUCUCUUGGUGUCACUGAGUAGACUGAUACCCCAUGACAUUGAUCUACUAAUCCAUAGGUAAGGCUGUACAGUGAAAUAAGUAUGUCACCAAUGCAAUUCUAAAGUCUAAUAAAUCCAGUGUGAUUUCAACAGAUUUUAGUCAAAUUAACAAAUUAUUGUAUUUUGUUGAAUUUAUAUAAGAACAUUCCAACCUCGUUUGCAUGAUCUAUUCCAUCAUGGAAUGAUUCCACUAUUUGUAUUAUUUGCAUGACAUUCAUUGACUUUUAUUUUGAAGACAAUUUCACGAUUGUGGCUAAUCCUUAUUGUGGCUAGCUUCAAAUAGCUGGGUCCGACCACCAUUAAUCAAAUAAUAACUGUCUUGUAAAUAUUUUAGACGAUGACACUUAGCUAGAUAGUUAGCUAGCUAACUAUAGCUACCGAAACAGAUUAUGUCGUUUUGCUAUGUUUUUGAGGAAGAACUUUGUUUGCCUCCAUCAGCUAGCAAGCUUUAUUACCACCAGCAUUAUGUGACGUAGUGAAAUUCGGGUCCUGAUUGGUCCCAAUAAGUAUUAGCCACAAUAGUGGAAUUUGCGGUUUGUCUUCAAAAUAAAAUCUCUCAAACAGCGUUCUCUAAUGAACCCUCUAUGCACCUUUAAGACCGCUCUUUCAAAGUCACCGAGAUCUCUUCUUGCCACGGUAGCCAAAAUAGUGGGCAACUGGGCAUUUUUAUACAAUUUCCCAUUACCAGGGUUUUGUUAAGAAGGGAUACAGCUUUUGUCGAAAUGUACUUUUCAUAACAGGUUUAGGAGAAUUUAUGCAGUAGGUUAGGAGAAUUGGGUUAAGGUUAGCGAAAUGCAAAAAACUAAUUUUGCCAGCAACUGUAUCCAUCUAGAAAUGAACAUUUAUGUUACGUACAUGUCCACAAGAGAUUACCAAAGGCGGAAGUGGCCAACAAGCGCGCUAUAUUUAUCUGCUUCUUUAUUGGACAACCCACUGAUGACGUAACCCCGUUAAACUUCCGCUGCAUAUUUUAGCACCUUGACCAGAGAUUCAACCAGGCAUGUGCGAAAUGGAUUAUCAACGGCAUAUUACCUCACGUCCAUUGAGAAUUCUUUGCCUUUUUAAUCUGGUAUCCCCUGUAUUGUUGUCCAGCUGUCCUCAAAUCUGUGACCCAGGCUUCAUUAUUGACAAGUGUAAGUGUGUCCUUUGUUCCGAUGGCUUCUACUGGUACAUGCAGAACGGCCUUCCGAAGUGUGACCUCUGCAGCAAAGCCUGCUCUGUGGAUCAGCACUUGACACAGGUGAAGGAAUGCGGCCGGGACUCAAACCGCGAGUGCCACUGUGACAGUGGCUUUUUCUGUGACAACGCUGCCCAGUAUACCUGCAGGAGGUGUAAGCCGUGCUCGCCCGGAACCUUCUCUAACAAACCAAACCUAACCAUGUCCUGCAAACCCCACACAGAUUGUGGCCAUAAGGGAAUGACUAUGGUGACAGAGGGCACUGCCACUCAGGAUCGUGUAUGUGCCCAGACCUCCACUAACUCACCUACAACCACUGCGCCUCCAACUGUCCACAGCUCAGAGAUAGGCUUUCAUUCUUCUACCUCCAGUGGAGUCAGCAUCACCCGAAAACCCCUCAUCAUAGCAUCCCCAUCUGGCCUGGUGGGGUCUACAUCUCCUGAUGUCUUUCCCAUAGCCACAAUUGACACAUCUGCAGACCCUUCACCAGCCUUACUCACCAGGCCUUCUUUGUCCCAAGCCCAAAGCGAGCCCUCUACCUCCCUCCCAACUAGGAAACAAGUCACUGAACACAGCUCCUUUGACCCCAACACAAUGCUCACCACCAGGAGAAACCCCAGCAAGGUGGACAGUAACACCUCACCUGCAGAGUCUGCCUCUGCACCUCUUACCACAGAUGACAAUGACUCACCUCAUCUCUCAGCAACAGAUACUGGACCGAGCCCUUCCACUCUCCCUUGGCUGCUGCUGAUAGGUGGGCUACUAGGGGUUGUCGUGCUGCUGGUUGUUUACUUUGUCCGUUGUAAGGAGAGGUCACUGAAGUCCCUAGACAAGUGGAAAGGUCCAGUAUUUGGUAUAAAUGAUGAGCAGAUUUGUAAGGAAGGUUUAAGAGGGAGCUAUAAUGUGUGGGAGAGCUAUGAUUGUCCUGCGGCCCUACAGACGGCUUCCUAUAUACAGGCCCAGCCACCACAGGAGAGUUGCCCAUACCCGGAGGCCCAGCAUCUUCUGGGGAGUGAGACUGGGGGAAAUCCUAGACAGGAUGGUGCAGGGUUGCUACCUCCAGGGGUCAUGAAGCAGGUCACAGUGGACCACUCUGGUGGAGAGAACAUUAGCAACACAGUGGGGUCCAUUUACAUCUACUCUCCGGGGACGGUUGUUCUGGGAUACAACAAGUCAGAGAGGAAGGUGGAUCAAGUCGAGAGUGGGGUAGAGGGCUGUCCCCUCACCAGAACACCCCAGCAGGAGUCCUCCUGCCCCCUCCCUGAGGGCCUUGCUCUGGGGCCAGAGAGAAUGAGUACACAGGAGGAGACCUGCAAAGAGCUGAGAUACCCCAUCCCGGCCACCAGCAACUGAGAACUAGAAAAAAAUUGAAAUUAAGGAUUAACUAUGGAAAAAGCCUGAGGAGGAGCAACUUCAUUCAAUAUCAACUAUCAUCUCUAGGGCAAGAAUGCAGACAGAUUAUUAUUUGCUACUGUAAAGACUGUUAGACUGGAUGGCUUCCUUCUGUACAAGGCUUGCCAAAGCCACUGGGGUCCCUCAUGGGUCUUCUAUUAUGAAAGAGUGACAGUUGGGCCAACUGUAUGUAAUAGUCUUAGCACGGUUUCAAAUUCACUGUAAGUCACUGUUGUGACAGCAGUGCUGGGACAGUUUGUGAGAGCAAUGCAUGGUCUGUUUGAUAUGGGGUGUCAACACUGAGCCGGAGUUUCCCAUCAUAGGGUGCAUGAACACAAUGGCGCCAGAUAGUGUGAGUCUACGUGUAUCAACCACAGAAACAGUGAAGACAAGAAAUUCAUAUGAGGUGGGAAGUAACCUAUAUAACAAGUAGGGUUUGGUGUGUGAAGAGCUUACAAUUUCCAUUGUAAAGUAAUCCAGGGACUGUCUGGACAAUUUAAACUCAAACAUAGCCAUGUUCACUGGUUAUAACCUUUGUUCUGUGAAUUUAUGAUCAAGACAUUGCUAUGUACAGUAGCCUACAGAACGAAGACAGAAUAAAGAUGAUUUUAUAACAGACAA